AUGGAUCUUGAAGGAAAUAAGUUUAUUGGGACAAUCCCAACAUGGAUAGGGAGCUAUCUAACUAAUUUGACCGUUCUUAGCCUACGCAAUAACAACUUUAAUGGAAGCAUGCCUGAAAGUUUGUGUCACCUGAAGAAUAUCCACUUCUUAGAUCUCUCUCAAAACAAGGUGACAGGGAGAAUCCCGCGCUGCUUUAACAAUUUUACUACUCUGAUUCAGAGUACUCCCAUUGGAAGCAUUGAAAUCUCUUACUUUACUAUCACGGGAGAUAUUGAUUAUCCUGCCUUCUACAUAGACGAUGUUUUUGUUCAGUGGAAAAACAAGGACGCAAAGUUCAAUAAGCAGUUAGGAUUUCUGAAUUGCAUCGAUCUUUCAAGUAAUAAAUUGAGUGAAAAUAUCCCGGAAGACCUUUAUGCUUUCAAGGAAGUAGUGUCCUUGAACUUAUCAAGAAACCAUUUGACUAGUAAAAUCUUUCCAUCAAUUUAUGAGAUGGAAAAUUUAGAAUCCCUUGAUCUAUUCAGAAAUCAACUCUCAGGUGAAAUUCCCUCUAGUCUUGCUCAAUUGACUUUUCUUGGGGUUCUUGACUUGUCGAACAACUUCUUGUCUGGCAAAAUUCCAAAGGGCACUCAGCUGCAAACUUUCAAUGCUUCAUCAUAUGCCGGAAAUAGCGGCUUAUGUGGGGAUCCACUUCCCAGGUGUCCCAUAGAUGUUCCUCCGCAUGGCAAAAACAAUGACUACAAAGAAGGUGAUGAUAAUCUUGUAGAUCGAGAGUUUUACAUAUCUGAUGGAAUAACCACAGAGCCGGAGCGGAGCAGGACAAUACGAACCAGGGUUGUAUAA